AUGGAGUAUUUGCCAAGAUGUCAUAACACCAGUACCUCUCAUGUGGAAAUUGUGGUUAUUAUCUGGGCAUUAUGGUUUGCAAGAAACAAAUUCUACCAUGAUGGGAUUCAAUUUAAGGUGGAGGAUGUAGUUACCUUAGUUCGAACUCAAUGUCAAGACUACCUUGCAGCAAAUGUUAGAGUUUCGGGCUCAAUUUCAACCAGGGACACCCACUGGCAACCACCUGUUUCAACGGAGGUGAGGAUUAAUUUUGACGCGUGUUUCUUGCAAAAUCAAAAUAGAGGUUGGUCAGGGGUCGUAGCACGAGAUAGGGAAGGUUAUGUUUUGGGAGCCUAUCGAAGGGAAAUGUUUCAUGUUACCACACCUUUUCAUGCUGAGGCUCUGGCUACAUUGCAUGUUGUCGAAUUUGCGACCGAAAUGGGUUUCACGAGCAAUUCUGUUGAAGGGGAUUCCAGAAAGAACAAUAUGGUGGCUCACCUGGUGGAAUCUGAUCGGAGAUGGGACAGAUUGAAUAGACACUGGGUUAAGGAGAUACCAGAUGCAGCUGAAGCUCAAGCAGCUGAGGAGAGAAGAUAG